CGCUCUCACUUGCCCUGUUCUCUGGCUUUGGCUAUGUGCGGAUGCUCAUCUCUGACAUAAGCGGCGAGCAGCCGAUAGACAUCAUGAUUGGCCCACUCGACGGGCACCUCCUCCUGGCCGCUCAGCCACUUGAACAGGUUGGGGUUCUCGCAGUCCAGGAGCUUGUCGAACUGGUCCAGCUGCUGCUCACUGAAGCUGCCCAGGUACUUGUCCGCGAAGGAUCCCAUCAGCACAUCCAGCUCAAGCCAUCCCCGCUGCUUGCUGCGGUACAGCAGCUUCUUCCGACGCCCCUCCCACUCGCCAGUGUUGGCCACGAAACAGCGACGCUGCAAGUCGGCCCGCAGAAAGACCAUCCCAGAUGAAGGGCGAAAGGCUCGUAGAGGCACCACCAUGGCUUUUUGAAGCAUAGCUGUCUUCAU